AUGUUCACCGAUAGCGACUCGGAGGACAUCGAGUACAUGUUUAAAUAUUCCAUGCCGUUUGUCUUCAACGACACGGAUUCGCCGGCGUGGGAUCCGUUAUUGACAGACCCGUUUUACGACUGCUGGAAGGUGUGCAGCGAUUUCAACAAGGAGAACCCCAGCGACCCCGUGACUUACUGGCAGUACGAGGAGACGUGCGACAUUGGAGGUGUAUGCGCGUGCUUCGAUGAGGGCGUGUGCACACUCGAACACUUCAACCCCGACAACACGAUGGACAGCUUUACCGACACAACCGGUGAUUACCAGCCGGAGUCACGAUUCUACGUGGGCAAGAUUUGCGACAGCAAUGUUACCGGCGAUCCUCAUUUCGUUGGCGCGGACAAGUCUCGGUUCGACUUCAGCGGCAUCCCUAACGAAAACUUCGCGCUGAUUACGGAUUCGCACGUCCAAGUGAACGCCUUCUUCGGAGGGCGCUGGGCUCGUUGGAUGGACAGUGAGCGAAAGGCGCUGACGUGGAUGCGAAAGAUUGCGAUCCUUUGGGGCCACCACUCCAUCAUCUUCGAGGCUCGCGAAGGCCCCGACCCGAAAUAUCGCAAGGGUUACCUCGCUUCGUUGACCGUCGACGGCGUGGCGAAGAAGCUCAAAUUCCCUGGCGAGAAGAUGUACCUGUUCGAUGGGCAAGGCGAGGUGAAGUGGGUUGCUGGUGCGAAGCCUUCCGGUGGCGAUCUGGUUGACGAAUACGAAGUUACCGUCGCGGACGUCCUCUCGUUACGACUGACCCUUCGCCCGGAGAUCGAAAUGAUGCGAACGAUUGAAGACGGACUGGUUCACUUCACGGUGGAGGUUCUGAGCGCCAGGCUGUCGGCUAACGUCCAUGGCGUGCUUGGCCAAACUUACCGCCCCGACUUUGCCGGCCGAUUGGAGAAGCAGGCCUUGGUGUACAGCAAGCUCUUUAACGCGUACGUCGUGCCUGGGGAUAACGCCGACGGUUUCAUUGACGGCACUGUAGACGACUACCAAGUCUCGUCUCUGCUCCACACCGACUGCAGCCUCUGCCGGUUCAUCCGCGCGCGCUCAUUGGACGACGAGACCGCUCGGGCAGUUGAACUCAGCACCACUGUAGCCUCUUCGUUUACUGCUUUAGGCAGACGAGCUGCCAAUUAG